AUGCCCUUCUCAAGAAUACCUCACACUGGACAAUUCGAAGCUCAGAACCCACGAGUUACCAUUAUGAGCUCCAAUAUAUUUCCCAGUCUACUCUCCUCUUUAAACCUACCAAACAUCCAAGCCCUCAUUAUCAUCUAUGCUCCCCUCAUCUACCUAAGCAUCAUUCUCUUCUCCACUCUCCCCAUCCUUCUCAACAUUCAAAACUCAAACCUUCCCCCAGGCCCAUGGUACACACAUUUCACAAACUUAGUCCUAAAAUACCAUGAAUGGAAUGGUAAUCGACGAACAUACAUCCAUAAUCUCCACAAGAGAUAUGGAGAUAGCAUUCGAAUAGGUGUAAGAGAGUUUGCUUUUUGCGGGAGCGAAGGGGUGAAAGGAGUCUAUGGAAAUGAGGGAGGAGAGUUGGAUAAAACGGGAUUUUAUGGACUUUUCAGACAAUUGGGUGUUAGAACUACUUUUUCUACAGAAAGAAGGGUGGAGCACAAAGAAAAGAAGAAGAAUAUCGCAAAGCCAUACCGAAAUUCCGAGAUCCUCAAACCUGCUAUUAUGGAUGGAAUUAAAGAAAGAAGUCAAGCAUUUCUUCGAAAGGUUGAGGACUCAGAGAAUGGAUCCAUUGAUGUUUAUAGAUAUGCGCAUUGUUUUGCAUUAGAUUGUGCCAGCCACUUUCUACUCGGGAAAGCGGGAAUCAAAUCUAUCGAAGAGAAGGCCGGCAUGGAAAUAAUGGAAGAGAUGACGUAUCACUCAAGUCUCAAGAACCAACUUUUGACCCUUUACCUUCAACCCCUCUCCACCCUUUUCCUCUCCCUCUUUCCCCAACGCUCCACCCCUUUAACAAAUACAUACAUCCUCUCCUCGUGCCUCCACCCAACCCAAGAACCACACUCUCUUCUCCACGCCCUGCAACACGCUUCUCCCUCCCUAUCAGAAACCCAAAUCACAGCCGAGAUACUAGACCAUCUAGCUGCCGGUAUCGACACCACCGGCGCCUCCCUCACUUACCUCCUACACAUCCUCUCCCUCCCCUCUAACCUCCCUAUCCAGGAAAAACUCCACCUCUCCCUCACCUCCCAUCCCCAGAACAAUUCAACCCCCGAAAACCCCUACCUCAACGCCAUCAUCACCGAAACCCUCCGUCUCUACCCCCCAAUCCCCAUGUCCCAACCCCGUCUCACACCAUCAUCCAAGCCCAGAAUCAUCGAUCAAUAUCUCAUCCCCCCAAACUCAACCGUAAGUGUCCAAGCAUGGAGUCUCCAUCGGAAUCCCGCAAUAUUCGGCGAUGACGCCGACAUGUUCUGUCCAGAACGAUGGCUUGUGGAUGAAGACAGAGCGAGAGAGAUGGAGAGGGGAUUUUUGGCUUUUGGGAGGGGUGGAAGAGCGUGUACGGGGAAAGAUCUAGCACUAGCAGAAAUGCGUCAUCUCAUACAGAGAAUCUAUGCGCAAUAUAGAACGAAGAUAGAAGAAGGAUACAAAGCAGAUAUGGAGAUGGAAGAUCAAAUCAUAUCUAGUAGACCGAGAGGUCAGGAGUGUAUUUUGAUUUUUGAGAGGAGAUAG